CGGCAAAUGACCAUACUUUAACUGAAAUUUUGCCCGAACAAGUUCCUAUCCGUAAACUCUGUACAGAAAACAUUGUACUUUUGCUAAGUAAAAACGAAGGGUUCAUGGAGGAGAGACUGAGCAACACAAUUAGCAGGUGGUAGCUGGUCAAAUCAUGAAAAGAUGGUGAUGGCUGAUUGACUGCGCCGUUUAUACCCAACGGGCCGCAAAAUCAAAACAUCAUAAAUAGCAUGUUAAUACAGGACCGAGCCCCAAAAUCAAUGUCAGAAUCAAACCAUGCAUUCCUGGCAAAAAUAAUGAACGCGGCUCCUCGCUGAACGGAAUCCGGAGCCUUAAGACGCCAUCACCAACGAAGAUCGUCAAUACUGUACUGUAGAACCUUGCUAUACGUAUGAUAAAUUCGUGUCGAACACUCCAUAUGAUUAGAGACAGCCAUACAGGAUUCAGUUUGUGGGCCCUAGUACUUAGAGAUGAUUCCAGUCUGAUCGUAUUAUUGUCCGACGAGAAGGCAUCGUACGCACAGUAGUUUCGUGUACUGUAUCGUUGGUCCGUGCAUGCAUAUAAGGGCGGCCACUGUCACGAGCUCAGAUCCAUCCAUACAGCCUUCGCUGCCCACGAGCCAAACAUUCGGAUACAGUCAACCACCAUACGGACAAGGCCUGAUCGUCACGGGCGACCAUGAAGCCUCCCGCAUUGCCCAUCCGCGGCCUCGUUCUUGUCCUGGCCCUCGCCUGCGCCGGCAUUGCACCGGCGAGCGGCGGUGGCGGCGGGCGGUGGGACGUACUGCAGCGCAGCAUCGGCGUGUCGGCGAUGCACAUGCAGCUCCUGCACAACGACCGCGUCAUCAUCUUCGACCGCACCGACUUCGGGCAGUCCAACCUCUCCCUCCCCGACGGCCGCUGCCGCCGCAACCCCAGGGAGCGCGUGCUCCCCGUCGACUGCACCGCGCACUCCGCCGAGUACGACGUCGCGUCCAACACCUUCCGCCCGCUCUUCGUCUUCACCGACACCUGGUGCUCCUCGGGCACCGUCGCGCCCGACGGCACCCUCGUCCAGACCGGCGGGUGGAACGACGGGUACCGCAACGUGCGCGCCAUGCGCGCGUGCGACGGCGGCAGCUGCGACUGGAACGAGACGCAGGACGCGCUCGCCGCGAACCGGUGGUACGCCACCAACCAGAUCCUCCCCGACGGCCGCGCCUUCAUCGUCGGCGGCCGCAGGCAGUUCAACUACGAGUUCUUCCCCAAGGCCGAUGCUUCCGACGCCUCGGCCAUCGCAUUGCCGUUCCUGGUUCAAACUAGGGACCCCGAGGAGAACAAUCUGUAUCCUUUCGUCCACCUGAACAUCGACGGCAACCUUUUCAUCUUUGCCAAGAACCGCGCCGUGCUUCUCGACUACAAGAAGAACAAGAUCGUCCGGACGUACCCUGAGCUGGCCGGCGGCGACCCCAGGAACUACCCCAGCUCCGGCUCGUCGGUGCUGCUGCCCCUGAAGCCGUCGCCCACCGAGGCCGAGGUGCUGAUCUGCGGCGGCGCGCCCGCGGGCUCCUACAACUCGACCAAGGAGAAGACCUUCUUCCCGGCGCUUGUGACCUGCGGGCGGAUCAAGAUCACGGACGCUUCACCGGCGUGGGUGAUCGAGAGAAUGUCGUCGCCGCGAGUGAUGGGGGACAUGAUCCUGCUGCCAAACGGCGCCGAGGUGGUGAUCAUCAACGGCGCCAUGGACGGCACCGCCGGGUGGGAGGCCGCCAACACCCCGGCCUACGCGCCCGUCGUGUACCGGCCGGACCACGCGCCCGGGGACCGGUUCGAGGAGCAGAGCGCGACCGACAUCGCGCGGCUGUACCACUCGUCGGCGAUCCUCCUCCGCGACGGCCGGGUGCUGGUCGGCGGGAGCAACCCGCACAUCUACUACAACUUCAGCAACGAGCAGUACCCGACAGAGCUCAGCCUGGAGGCCUUCUCGCCGGAGUACCUCGACAGCUCCAACGACGCCCUUCGUCCAAAGAUCACCCACCCCUCGCCGGCCGACCCGGCGGUGAGCGUGAAGUACGGUGACUCCAUGACCCUGCAGUUCGAGGUGCCAGCGGUCGCGCCGAGAAGGAGACCGCGCGGCGGGGGCGACGGCGACGGCGGUUCUCUCGGCCUCGUGUCGGUGACGAUGGUGGCGCCGUCGUUCACGACGCACUCGUUCGGGAUGAACCAGAGGCUGCUGUUCCUGGACGUGGCGGGGCCGACGGCGCUGCACGGCGCGGCGGGCGCGUACGAGGCGUCGGUGGUGAUGCCGGCGACGGCCGUGCUGGCGCCGCCGGGGUACUACAUGGUGUUCGUGGUGAACGGGCACAUCCCCAGCGAGGGGGUGUGGGUCCACAUAGAGUGACGGCGAUGCAUGGCGGCAUCGGCAUGCAUCAUGUAUAGCACGACCCGAUUGUUUUGUUCUCUUCUGUCUUCUCUCGUGUGGUUUUUGUCACCACGCACGAAUGUGAGGUGAUGCCGUGACUUUGUUCGUUGUUCAGUCC